ACGACAGAAGAAAAACUAAAUAAACAUUUGCGUUUGUAGGUUAGAUUUAUAAUAAUCCAGGAAUCGUAUUUAUUAAAGUUAUUUUAUAAUGUCACUCAUAUUACGCAAACUAGCUCGUAAUAAUCCAAGAAACAUAGUAACAGAUGCACAAAUACUUGUUUUAUCAUGUCGCAAAUUGAGUAUAGUUCCAUCUCUGUACGAUGGUGAACAGGAUCCAGCACCAAAGUUUUUCUCACCAAAUGUUCAGGUUUUGUUGAAACGUUUAACUCGGCCAGACUUUAAUAAAGUGUUUCGCAAAAGAACGAAUCAUGGACUGAACAUCCUCAAGACCCCAACGUACAAAUUUCUAACAAAUGAAGAGCUUGAAGAAGAAAUCGCUAAAGCAAAUGAGAAGGCUGAUAGAUUACUGCAAAUGCCUCCAAUUGUGAAGAUUCAAAAGCAUAUUGAUGAUGUUCUAUCUAAAGAUCCAGCUCUUGUGGGUUAUGACACUGCAAAGUAUAUAUUCACUGAUAUCACAUUUGGUGUAGCCAAUGAACACAGAUUUAUUGUUGAAAGAGACCCAGAUGGUGUUCUUCGUAGCUGCGAUCAUGAUGUCAGAAAAAGAUUAAACCAGGUAUACUUCCCGCUUCAUGGCCGUAGACUACGAGAACCAGUCAUGUUCGCUGACCCCGAGAAGUUUAACAGCCUGCUGGAAAGGGAGCAGUACGAGUUCGUGUUGGACCGUGCAUGCGUGCAGUACGAACCUGAUGAGCCGUCCUACCAGAGGGUCACCAGUAUCACAUACCAACAUCUGGACAGCAACAGCAAAUAUGAACUCUUGAGAUCGACUCGUCACUUUGGUCCCUUGGUGUUUUACCUCACGUGGCACAAGAGUAUGGACAACUUAAUGCUGGAGCUUCUUCAGACCGGAGCGGUGCGGGAGGCGGCGUUACUGGUCGCGCUGAGGCAGGACUUACAAGGAGAUGUUGUGAACAGUGAAGUGGCUCAGGGCUUAGUGCAGCAGAUUCUACCCACACCAAUACAACUAAAAAAACCGGAUCGUUUGACUGAAGAAGACAUCCAGAUCGACACAAAAUGCGUGGAAUGUAUAGAAAAGUACAUAGUCAGCAACUCGGCAAUGAAAAGCCAGCAAGAACUGGCCUUACAAGGCUUCAGGGAGAACUAUCAGCAGCUCAUCGAACUCAGUAGGGGCCUGCAAAAGGCCCACGGAAAUGCGUAGUGCUUAUAAACGAAUAAGAAUUAAAUAGUUAAGAGUUCUGUUCUAA